AUGGCAGCGGCAGGCUCCGCGGCGCCCGAGCGGCGAGUGCGCCGGGGGGUGGGGUGCCGCCUUUUAAAGCCGCUCCGCGCCGGGGAAGCGCCGCCGCCGCCGCUGCGGGCGGGAGCGAGGGAGGCGGAGGCGGCCGCGGCGCGUUCCCGCCCGCGCGGCCGGGUGGCGCCCCUGGGCCCGCGCUCGAGCGGCCGCACCCGGACCCGGGCCCCGACCCGGCGAGCCCCAGACGCCCCCCGCCGGGGAACUUCUCGCCGGCGUUGGGGGCUCUCGGAACAGGCCGGCCGGGAGGCCCGGGCCCCGCAGGGUCUCCCGGGAGCCGCCGGGGCCCCGGGGCCGCGCAGAAAUGAGGACCCUGAGACGCGGAGAGGCCACACAGCUGGUAGCCCCGGAUUCCCCGUAGGCUUCUGCUCCGCUGUGCGCCGCACCUGGGCGCUUAGAAGGAUGCUCCUCCCCAAGGAAGCGGCCCCGGGGCGCAGGUGGCGCCCCAGCUGGCCGAAGCGAGAACUGCGACUUGGCCACCGCGACCCAGUCUCCCUGUUGACAAAAAGGCUUUGCUUCUAACAGGGGCCCAGCACUCUGGAAAACUGUGUGGAGGUUCCUCAAAGAGUUAAAAAUAGACCUGCCCUACGACCCAGCAAUUGCACUGUUAGGGAUUUACCCCAAAGAUUCAGAUGCAAUGAAACGCCGGGACACCUGCA